GCCGAUCCGUGUCAGCGCCCUACUUUUAGCGUAUUUUUGUAAUUCUCUCUGCGACCAGAGGAUGGCGCAGCGGGCCAAAGGAAAGUAGACGUUAAGGCGGUGGUUGGUGUAGUUUCUUCAAACUUACUUUUUAAGGCUACUUCGAUCCACCGAAAUUCAAAGUUCACACAGCUGUUUAUUGCAGCACCCUCACCUCGAUGCAGUCAUUCAUUGACUCACGGGACAGUUUGGCUGCGUGAGUUAAUGUUUAGCAGAAAUCUGCGUCACCUGCUGUUCAAGGAAGGAGAAGCAGCUUUAAAGUCCUGCUGUUUUAAAGGGAACCUGCUGGUCGGAGAAGGUCUCCGUGUUAGGGAAGUGGAUCCCAGUCAGUGCUGAUGUAAUCUCAGCUGUUUGUAAAUGCAUAACUACACCAAACAUCUCCCAGAGGCCAUGUACCCCGUAGACCUGCCCGCUGUGGAUCACAAAGACCUGACAUCUGCAUCUGAGCGGUACCUGUCCUCUCUGGAGUCCAGGCCUCCUGGUGAUGAGUGGUUUCACUCAUCACACACCUCAAAGGUGGCAAUAACAGCAGCAAAUGUGAGCCAGCUGCAGCUGUUUGAGGAUGGGCAGCCUGGCUGCGCGGUGCUGGCCCUGCACCCCCCGGACGAUCCAACACAAGUGGUUGCCCUCUACCUGCACGGGAAGUGGUGGCUUUUGGAUGACGUCUUGCGGACGUCGAGCAGAUCCAGAAGUGGUCUGGUGUCGGUGCAGUCUCUCAUGGAGAGGGUGAUUGUGUUCCUGCUCAGUCAGAUAAUGGAGAGGCCUUCACUGUUCUCCCUGCAUCCCCCCACAGAGAGCUGCAAAGUGCUGUGGAGAGACAGCCAGGCGGUCGGCUUUUACACCGUCAAACACAAAGGCAGCCUGUGCGACGGCCGGAGCAGCCGCUGCUACCUGCUGCCUGUCCUGGACACCGUGCUGGUGAGGAGGAGCUGCAGGAGGCGAGGCUUCGGCCUUCAGAUGCUGGAGGAUUUCUGCUCCUCGUUCUCCACGGAGGAGUUUCUGGGAGUCAGCUCUCCAUUAUCCCCCAGCAUGGCUUCAGUGUUCAGAAGGUUCCUGCAGAAGCACCGGCAGCAUCGGGAGCGUCUGUACGAGGUGGAAGCUCCAGGGGGCUGGACUCAGCGGCGAAACAUCUGGCUCAACAUCCAGCUGGGACGCUACUCGCUCGGCACUGAUGAGGAGAGCAGCCCAACAUCAGGACAAACCCAGAGAAAUCCCCUCAAGGACGCCUCUGACCCUGACCCUGACCCUGACUCCCAGAGGACUUGUUUACUGGACCUGAGCAUGCUGGGAGCCCCUGAUGGAAACACUGCAGUGCUUUUGGGCGCCACUGAGCAACAAAUUGAAUCUUGCGAUCCAAGCCGAGGUGGACGGUCCCUGAGCGGCGAGCUCCCUGGUACAGGAUGGAGCCCCGCAGCCCAAACCGACGAUCUGAAAUCUGGACCUCCCACUCAGCCCUCAAACACAACACAGGCUUUGAAAUCCAAAGCCUCUCCAUCUACAAAGCACCACAGAGAGGAACCAGAGGACAUGCAGAACAUUCCCAAACGAGCCAGAAUACAUGAGUUAAAACAGGAACACGGACAAAGACUGCAUUCAGCAGCAGAGCCCACAGAGGCCGUUCAGACCCUUAACUGAAACCACAUCCACCUUCAUUUAGGUGACUCUGUAUUCUUUUCACAGAUCACAGUGGAAAGUCAAAUUUGAGUGAAGGGUAGAGGGUGAGUACCUAAACAAGUACAUUUGUUCUGAGGUUCGGUGCAGCCUGUCAAAGGUUGUGCGUCAGAUCAGUGAAAUGUUUGCAGGAAGCGAGAGCGUUUUUAUUUUUGUGUGUGUCAGCGUGAUCCGAUUAUCCCUCCCGUCACGUUUAUUUUUCCGGUUGUAAAUUUCAUGUUGCAGAAUUUUUUUUCUUGCAAUUUCAUGAGUGAAGACAAGAUGAAGGGUUUUUGGGGCUGUGAGAAGCUUUUGUUAGGAGUUUGGUUUCAGGCAUCAAAGGAGCCGCAGACACACGAGGUCAUGUUCUGCAUUAUCUGUAAUAAAAGACACUGGAAAUAUGGUUUCUAUUCCCUGUUGUGUACAUAUUGCUGUUGUUGGCUUUUAACAGGAACCUGAGGGCAAAAUUUCAUGAAUACAUGUGUUGGAAUAAGAAUAAAAAUGCUGAAAUCCUUGAACUACAAUGCAAACUUUGCAGCUAUUGUUCAAAAAUUGUGCAGUCCUGCAUAUCCAGUCUCCAAUCUCAUUGUACAUCCUGUAUAAUGACAAUAAAGGCAUUUUAUUAUAUAUACUGUCUGUAAGGAACGCAGAAGGAUGUCAGCAUUUCUGAUUUCUGACAUAUCAUCAGCAGAGAACUGUAAAAGGUUUGUGGGCAGAAAUAAAGAGUCCAUCAGGGCUG